GCUUGGUCUUUUUCAAGUGUGCUUGUGGUUGUGAGAGAAAGCAAACAAAAUGGCAGAGGCUAUUUUAAAGAAUUCCUUCAACUGUUCAGUCUGUCUUGAUGUGCUGAAGGAUCCAGUGACUAUUCCCUGUGGACAUAAUUUCUGCAUGAGGUGCAUUGAGGGCCACUGGGAUGAAGAGGAUUAUAGAAGAGUCUACAGCUGCCCCCUGUGCAAACGCACCUCCACUCCCAGACCUAAACUUUACAAAAAUAAUCUGUUUGCUGAAAUGGUGGAGACAUUUAUGGGGACCAGAAUCCAAGCUUCUCCUAUUUCUUCCUCUUAUGCUGGACCUGGAGAUGUGGAGUGUGACGUCUGCACUGGGAGAAAACUCAAAGCUGUGAAGUCCUGUCUGGAUUGUCUAUUGUCUUACUGUGAAACUCACUUCAAAGCUCACAAUGAUGUAAACCCCAGAAGAAAACACAAGGUGACUGAUGCCACAGGCCAGCUACAGGAGAGGAUCUGCUCUCAUCAUGAGAAGGUUUUUGAAAUAUUUUGUCGAACCGAUCAGAGUUUUAUCUGCUAUCUGUGCAUGAUGGACGAACAUAAAGGCCAUGACACAGUCACUGCUGCAGCAGAACGGACAGACAAACAGAGGCAGUUCAGGCAGACCCAGAGGAGAUUCCAGCAGAGAAUCCAGGAGAGAGAGAAGGAUCUGCAGGAGCUGAGGAAGGCUGUGAAGACUCUCGAGAGCUCUGCACAGACAGCAGUGGAAGACAGUGAGAGGAUCUUUACUGAGAUGAUCCGCUCCAUUGAGAGAAGGCGUGCUGAGGUGAAAGAGCUGAUCAGAGAUCAGGAGAAGGCUGAGGUGAGUCGGGCUGAAGGACUCCUGAAGCAACUGGAGCAGGAGAUUGCUGAGCUGAAGAGGAGAGAUGCUGAGCUGGAGCAGCUUUCACACACAGAGGAUCACAUCCAUUUCAUCAAGAAUUUCCCGUCAAUCAGUGACUCUCCUCGCUCCUCGCCCAGCAUGACCUUCAACCAAAGCUUCUCUUUUGAGGCUGUGAAGGAAUCUGUCUCUGGAGUGAAGGUGCAGCUGGAGGAGAAACUGGAUGACAUCUUCAGGCAGGAAGUAGUCAGGAUAUCUGUAUCAGUGAUGAAUAUCCAGAUCAUCCAGUCUUUAGAAUAUGCUGAUCCUGAACUCCCAGUCAGAAGAACAAACAGUAAUGAGAUUCUGCCACCAAAGAACUCCUGUCACUUCACACUGGAUCCAAACACAGCAAACAGAGACCUCCAUCUGUCUGAGGGGAACAGGAGGGUGGAAAGGAAAGUUCAGCCCCGGUCAUAUCCUGAUCAUCCAGAAAGAUUUGAUGGGUUGUAUCAGGUGCUGUGUAGAGAGGGUGUGUCUGGAUGCUGCUACUGGGAGGUUGAGUGGAGUGGGGGGUGGGUUAAUAUAUCAGUCUCAUAUAAAAGCAUCAGCAGGAAAGGAAGGGGUCAUGUGUGUGUGUUUGGACGUAAUGAUCAGUCCUGGAGUCUGAUCCUCUACAGCACCAACUCCUCUUUCUGGCACAAUAAUAAAGAGACUAAACUCCCUCUAGUGGCCAGCUCCAGAAUAGGAGUGUAUGUGGAUCACAGGGCAGGAACUCUGGCCUUCUACAACGUCUCUGACACAAUGACCCUUCUGCACAGAGUCCAGACCACAUUCACUCACACACUCUACCCUGGGUUUAGGUUUUGGGCUUCUGGAUCAUCGGUGAAGCUGUUGUGACCUAAGUGUCUAACUGUAACGUAACAAGUAUUAUCAUUGUACUUAGAAUUUGAUUACAAAUAGUAAUGUACAGUAGCUUACAAUCAAUGGCUAACAACAGUUUUUCCCAUGUUCAGGUGUCAGAGGUCAAACUGGCAACACACUUUUUAUGAAUUUGAUGUGAAUGUGGUGUUUCCAUGAAACCCUGCAACAUCUUAUGCGCUUCUAUAAGAGUUUGCACCAUCUCCUUGUGCUGUUACUGCCAUUACAGUUUUUCACAAUUGCUAACACACGUUUUUCAAAACAAUAACGGCUUUCUCAAA